GCUGCAGCCGAGAGGGACCGCCGCCCACAUGGCCUCCGCCCGGGCCCGCCUGCUGCUCCUCUGCCUCUGCCUCUUGGCCGCCGCCGCCCUCGGGGCCCGGGACCCCGGUGCGCCCGCGAGGAGCCGCGCCCGCCAGAAGCCGAGGCCGGAGAAGGUGCCGCCCGCGGUCGCCCUGGAGAGCCGCCCGAGUCUCGACACCCGCCCGCCGGAGCCCACCACACAGCCGGCCCUCAGCCUGAACCCCCGGGACACCUGGCUGUGGUUCCUCAAGCACAGUGACGAGGAGGACGGAAGCCAAGACCAGAAGUCGAAGCCCAGCCCGCCCAAGCCCCGGGAGCCCUGCAGCACCGCGGUCCCGGUCCCGCUGGAAGAACUGCUGGAGGGACGGCAGAAGUGGCAGCAGCUGCUGAAAGCUGCGGCGGAGCGGCUGCGCCAGAACGCCGAGCGCCAGAUCGCGGAGCGCCAGAACGCGGAGCGCCGGCCCUCCGCGGAGGACGAGGAGGAGGAGGCGGAUCCGUCUGUGGUGGCCCUGCUGAUCCAGGCCUUGAACCAGGGCGGGCGGGCCCGCAUCGUGGAGGCCGCGUUCCACUGCCGCCUGCGCCAGAACGUGUCGGUGGAGCGGCGCGCGCUGCACGAACUCGGUGGCUACUACCUGCCCCGGGCCGAAGGAGCCUUCUACCGCGGCCCCGGCCUGAACCUGACCAGCGGCCAGUACACGGUGUCCAUCCCCGGUUUCUACGCAUUCGCCGCCACUCUGCACGUGGCCCUCCCAGAGCUGCGGAGGCCCGAAUUGCCCCGCCCCCGGGGCCGUCUGCGCCUGCUCAUCUGCAUGCAGUCCCGGUGCCAGCAAAACACCUCCCUGGAGACCAUCAUGAGCCGGCCGGCUGGCACGGAGCCUUUCACCGUCUCCGUGAACGGCGUUCUGUUUCUGAAGAGGAGGCAGUACACCUCCGUCUUCCUGGACAACGCCGGCAGCUCCCCCGUCACCGUGCUCGCCGGCUCGCAGUUCAGCGCCGUCUUCCUCGGCGCGUGAGAGGCGCGGCUGCGCAGACCAGGCUGGGUCCCCGCAACCCCAGGCAGAGGCUGCAUGCAGGAGGCGGCCCACCGCGACGGCCCGCAGGGGCCUCCACGGCUCCACCCAAGGGGA